GGUAAGCUAGUCAUGACCGACCCAUUUCAACCAUACAGUUAACCAAGCAGCUUCAAUUCAACCCACAUGAAAACCAAAAACCAGACAAAGAAGCCAUUGUUGUAACACGAGCUUCUCAAAAAACAACGAUGCAGAAGCGCUUGCUCUGCACUCAAACUUCAACACAUAUAGAAAACACCAUUAAAAACAGUAAUCUCACUAAGAAAUGGAGAAUCAAACAAGUUAAAAAAUCCAAUUUCAACCAAAAUCUCGAGGAAAUAAAGUCCCGCAUUUCAAAUUCCGAUUUUAUUGCAAUCUCUCUCCAAAAAACUGGGUCCUACUCUUCGCCAUGGCAGAAAGUUCUUCCUUUUGAUACCCCAGAAAUUGCUUAUUUGAAAUCCAAGCGUUCAGCUGAGAAAUUUCAGCUUCUUCAGUUAGCUGUUUGUCCUUUCACUCUUAGGGCUUCUAAGCUUACUGCUUACCCAUAUAAUUUCCACCUAUUUCCGAGGGAUGAACUGAAAAUUGGGAUGCCUUCUUACAGUUUUGCAUGUCAAACAUCAUAUUUGACAUCCAUGGCUCGACUCGGUUUUGAUUUUAAUUCCUGCAUAUAUGAUGGGAUCUCAUAUAUAUCCAGAGCUCAAGAAUCAAGUAUGAAACAUCUUACAGGUACAGGUAAUUUAGCAGUGCGGGCACGUUCUGUAAAAUCUUCAUCUACCAUAUCCGUUGCUGAUUCUGUAUUUAUUGAGAGGAUUAAAUCACGAGUUAAAACCUGGAGAACUGCUUGCAAAGACUCAAAAGGAUCAAAUGAAGAUGCAUUGGUCAGAGCUCUGAGAAAAGUUGUUCUAGGCGAGCAUGGAUCCAGACCUUGUCUUGAUGUGGAUGUUUGUAGUGAGCGCCAAGUGCAACUCAUCCUUGAGGUUUUGAAAGAAUUUUCUGAUGACACUGUCCCUUUAUUGAUCCCUACAAAGCGUGGGGGCACACAAGGAGUUCGUGCUGUUAUGACAAGUUCGAAAGAGGACAAAAUUCUUUUUGAGAAAGAACUUCAAGAUCUUGAGGAGGAGCAAAGCAAGAAUGUUCGCGGAUUCCGGGAGGUGAUUGAUCUCAUUUCUGCUUCCCAGAAACCUGUUGUUGCCCACAACACACUUGAUGAUUUUACAUUCCUUCACUCAAAAUUUCUGAGUCCUCUACCUCCACGUAUUGACGAGUUCAAGUGCUCUUUGAGCUCAUACUUCCCCUAUGUCAUUGACAUGGGCCAUCUUAUGAAGCACUUCAACCCUAGUGGGAAAAUGAACAAUAUACAUGCAGCUUCAUCUUUCUUGAGAAGUCGAUUCUUUGCACCUGUUGAAAUCGAUAUUCCUCUCAAAGGUACACCAGAGGAGAUGAGUGAAGGGAAGAUUCACGGUCAAAACGUUUUACAGAUAAGUCAGAUUUUUGCGAAACUCUACUCUAUAAUGAAGCCCGGUCAGCACCACAUUAGUGAGGGAAAAGAUUUAGCGCUCGACAACUAUGCAAACAUCUUUGACCCUUGCAGUAGUGUUUCCCUUGAGAACUCUGAUGAUGAUGUCAGGAUUUCAUCAGGCAACACGAGAAGACUGAGCUGCAAUGAUAUGGUCUUCCUCUGGGGAUUCAGGAGUGGCUUGUCAGUUGGAGAGCUCAAAAGUCUCCUCAGUAGAUCACAUGAAGCUUUCUCUUCAGAGUUUGAUGUCCGAGUAGUGGAUAAGAGCUGUGUAGUGGUUGCCUUUCAGCAGCCUGAACUUGCCGGAGAUUUUGUGAAAGCUAUGGGAUCUGGGGGAACUUGCCAUGAGGGCUUGACAGAAUUGACAUCCCUGGGUUUGCGAGCAGCAAAUUAUGAAACUUACAAGUGUGCGUGUAAUCUGAGCAGGUGGGACUCUGAUUUGGCUGAUUCCUUGGACCAAGUUGUAACAUCAGCUGAUCAGUUUUCUGCUGAUAGUCACGGAAAGAGCCCAUAUGAAAUCUGGUGGGAUGACGAUACCGUCCUCAACCUUGAUGACUUCUGACUUCUGACUUCUGACUUCUGAGCAUUGGGUGUAUAACUAACUGUAUAUACUUCUCCGUUAACGUUGUGGAUCCUACACCAGACAGAGGACCGAGCAACUCAUGGAAUAUUAGCAAUCGUCUAGUUGAGGUGGAUAGCCCGCGAAGUUCUGCCUUGUAGUAGUCCAACCAGAUUAAGGAAUCAGUAUAGGUUGUAAUAUCUGUAAGCUACAUAGAUUCUUCCUGCUUGAUACCCCCAAAAUAUGUUGAAGCUUCUGAUUGUAAGUUUUCCAGUCUAUUUGCCAAAAUUUUGUAGCAACAUGUCAAACUCAUCUCUUGAUCUUGAGAACCAACUUAUUUAGGAAGAUCUACUGUGCUCCAGAUAAGAUAAUGCUGCUAUUAAUUCCUGUACAACAUCAUUGAUGAAUUCUAGUUUUGAAUAAUACAAUUUUCUAAUUUGGUGACUAGUGACACUA